GAUCAAAGUUCCCACUCGUUCGACGGUAAUGUUCCGCGUUCAGUGACAUGGCGUAUUUAUAGCGGACUUGAGAUGGGAACAUGUGCGCGUGUGACUGAUUCAACUAUGUGAAGCUUUGAUACGUACGUAUAGCAUCGCCGCCGCAGCCGUCACUUCGGACGCAGACAGCCCGUGUUAGCAGCACACCAGACGGUUUGCAGAGCUACCGCAUCGUACUUUCGCAAUGGCGUACGUCUCCUUCUCUGCAUCGCAAGGGCUCGCGCUCUGUGCCGUGUCGUGGCUUCUGUGGCGUAUCUUGAAGGCGCGCUUAGCGUCUUCGUCGCUCGAUAACAUACGCGGGCCCCCUUCGGAGUCUUUCGUCGCCGGGAACUAUGGCCAGUUGUACCAUCGGCAGGGAUGGGACUUCCACAGACGGCUCUGGGCGGAGUACGGUUCCGUCGUGAAGGUGCAUGCAGCAUUCGGAACUGAAUGUCUGUACGUCUACGAUCCAGCGACUUUGAACUGUCUACUAUCGGAUGCGACUGCGGUCGAGCAGUCUGGCUUCAUUGCUGCCACGUACCGCCUGCUGCUUGGCCCGGGGCUCAUGAGUGCUCGAGGCGACCACCACCGACGACAGCGCAAGACCCUCAACCCAGUAUUUUCACCUCGCAACCUCAAGGAGAUGCUCCCAGUGAUCUAUGGGGUCAUCCACAAGCUACGAGAUGCGAUGUCCGCACAACUCCCGACUGGCACAAAGGAGCUGGACAUGUUACAGUGGACAAACCGUGGCGCGCUGGAGGUAAUGGGCCAAGCGGGCCUCGGCUACUCCUUCACCGCGCUAGGAGAGAACCCCAGCAAUGACUUCGCGCGUGCUCUCAAGGGGCUCUUCCCAGCGAUGCAGCGCGUCGGCUUCCUCCGCACGCUUACCCCAUUCUUCAUCAAGCUCGGCCCGCGCACAUUUCGCCGCCGGCUCGCGGAGCUCGUGGCGCUGCCCUGGAAGUCCGCGCGCGACCUGCUCGCGGUCGUCGACACGCUCGACCGGAAGUCGAGAGAGAUCUUGGACACGAGCAGACGGCUGCUGAAGCAAGGCGACGGGGCGCUCGCGAAUCGGGAAGGGAGGGGCAGGGAUCUGAUGACGUGCCUCCUCAAGGCGAACGAGCAGGCGGAAGAUGAGGACAAGCUGACGGACGAAGAGAUCCUCGGGCAGGUGGCGUCGUUUGUGCUCGCUGGAGCAGACUCGUCUGCGAUUGCGCUCGCGCUCAUCAUUCAGCAUCUCGCAGAGAGGCCGGACAUACAGGAAAAGCUGCGGAGUGAGAUUGUGGCUGCGCGAGAGGGCCGCGACGGGGACCUGUCGUACGAGGAGCUUGUGAAGCUGCCGUACGUCGACGCUGUCGUGAAGGAGACCCUCCGCUUAAAUCCACCCCCCUCACAGGUCUCGCGCCAGCUCUGCAAAGACGUUGUAGCUCCCAUAUCAUCGCCGAUCACAGGCAAGGACGGCCGACUGAGGAAGGAAGUGGUGAUCCCAAAAGGAACUAUCGUCUUCAUCGGUAUCCUCGCAUCGAACAUCAACCCAGCCGUCUGGGGUGAGGACGCGGCGGAGUGGAAGCCCGAGCGCUGGCUCGCGCCGCCGCCGAGUACUUUGGUCGACGCACACAUCCCGGGAGUGUAUUCGUCACUGAUGACAUUCGUUGGCGGUAACAGGUCGUGCAUCGGGCUGAAGUUCGCGGAACUGGAGCUCAAGGCCAUGCUUUCCGUGCUUCUCGAGUCGUUCGACUUCUCGACGUCGGGUAAGGACAUCGUGUGGAACCUCGCCACUGUGCGCUUCCCCACCGUGGGUGUGAACGGGACGAAGCCCGAGCUGCCGCUCAUGGUCAAGCCACUGAAGGGUAAGGUGUAGUAGUUUGGAGGGUUGCGAGUUGUGUGGAUUGUACACUAAAUUAAGUACAUGUAUUUGGACGAUGCAUGCCUGACCAACCCAGGUUGACUCCGCAAUUGGGUACGCCACGUACAGUGCCAGAUUACCUGAUUUGUAGGCUACGACCACGAUUCAGGUGCUAAUCCUGUUUUACAUGUUUGUGCCUGAAUCCAGGGUCCAGGGU